AAGAAAAUAUAAAAAUAAAGAAAAUGGAUAUGGUGGGGAGCACCCAAUACCAGUUGUGAAAUCAACCGUGCCCUCCCCCUCCUCUCCCUUUUGUCCCUUUCCCCCUCUCCCUCUCUCGUCAACACCUCCUCCAUCCUCACAUUCUCUCUCUAAAACUCUCUCUCGACCAAUUUCCUUUCCGGAGAAAAGCAUGACCAGCUCCUCCGCCUCUGGCCGCAAGACUUUGAGUAAGAUCGCUUGCAAUCGGCUCCAGAAAGAGCUUCUGGAGUGGCAGGUCAAUCCUCCGGUGGGCUUCAAGCACAAAGUCACCGAUAAUCUCCAAAGGUGGGUGAUUGAAGUCAAUGGUGCUCCUGGAACUCUCUAUUCUAAUGAGACCUUUCAGCUUCAGGUUGAUUUUCCUGAGCAUUACCCGAUGGAAGCCCCGCAGGUUAUAUUUGUCCCUCCAGCUCCACUACAUCCUCAUAUUUAUAGCAACGGUCAUAUUUGUUUAGAUAUUUUGUAUGAUUCAUGGUCACCAGCCAUGACUGUUAGUUCCAUCUGUAUUAGCAUUCUCUCCAUGCUAUCAAGCUCGACCGUGAAGCAACGCCCAGAAGAUAAUGACCGGUAUGUAAAGAACUGUAGAAAUGGCAGAUCUCCCAAGGAGACGAGGUGGUGGUUCCAUGACGAUAAAGUGUAAAAACCAUGCACUGUCUUCCUGUUCAAAGGAGGACGAAGACGAGAGAAAAAAGGCAAUGAUAAAAACUGGGAGUUGUUCCAAUUGCUCAGUAACUCUUAUAAAUUGACAAUGCUCGGUACUUGUAAAGCAAAGGGAACAAUUUGUGUUUCUAUCGAUUCGUAAGGAACAAACUGAGGUCAGAAGUUGCUAUAAGCUUAUGAUUUAAGUCCCUUUUCUUCCCAAGUGCUCACCUCCUGUAAGGGAAGUGAGUGCCUGGCUUUUAAAAUUUUCGUAUA